AUGUACUUACUGGGGCUGCUGCUGGUAAUGCUGCAGUUACCACCUCUGUCUAUCCAAAAUUCAAACCCCUCAGAGACCAAUGUUGCCAUGGGGAAAGUGAUCCUUUCUGCCCUGGAGAAAGCCACCUCCUAUUUGGAGAAGAGAUACAGGGAAUUUAAUCUGGAUUCAUUGGUGGGAUUUUUGAUGCUAAAAGCUAACUGGAGUCUGGAAAAAUGGGCCCAUGACUCUGCCCUGAAACCCUUGACCUUGAGUGUUGAGGAAAUACAAAAGUUGUCACUAAUCAUCCCCAGAGCCAAAGUUUUCCUCAAAAUUGUUGACUUCAAAUACUUAAAAGAAUUCCAAGAGACUCUACAGCCAGAGUUUUGGAAGCUUCCUCAUUCAUGGAGUCACACAAACUCCUCCAUGAUCUACUCUAAGUUUAACAACUCAAAUCCUUUUCCAGCAAAAUCAAGUGAUUCGUGCAUGACACUGUUACUAGGAACCAUAGAGAAGAGUGGACAGACCUGCAGAGUCACUGACUACUGCGUGGAACUCGUGACUGCACCUGGCAGAAGUGGUGAAGAGCUGGUAAAACAACUCUCCUACUUCCUAAUAGCCAAAAUGAAAGAAUGCUCAAGCGAUCUGUUCCUCCAAUCAAAAUACUACAUGGACAUCUUUUGUGCUAACAUGAUGGAAUGGAACUUGAAAAUAGAAAAAAAUGGAUUCUCGUUCCAAAAUAAAAAUAUCUUCAUGACACAUAUCAUGCUCUGUGGAUUUUCUGGGUACUCAGAUUUCUACAAGAUCCCUUGGAUUAAGACUAUUCUCAAAUGGCAUAAUUCUGAGGAAGGAUGCUAUUGGAAGAUUUGUAAAUAA